AUGAUGGAGAGAUCAAGAAGGCAUCCAGAUCUUGAUAAUAUGCCUGAGUUUUUAUUCGAAAGUAAUAUAGUAUAAUAAUCUCAAGAUAGUCUGAUAUUAUCGGAUCCGAGGGAGGAAAAUUGUUAUUCAACAAUAAAAGAUUAUUGUUGUCCGAAUUUCACGUUGAUGUCUUUUACUGCCAUCGUUUCAUUGAUUCAAUUGUCUUUGUUUAUUGUUAUGUGUUUCUUUGGGGAUUUUAAUCUUCAGAAUACAAUUUUGUGUAUAGUAUUUAAACAUUAUUUACUAAAGAAUUCUCAGACGAAACUCUUGAUAGUUUUGGAAGGUGCUCUGCAUAUAAUGUGAAAUACCAAUUAGAGUUCUAUAGACUAGUAACUUGUCUAUUCAUAUUUAACAAUGUCAAAGAUUUGUGUGGAGAAUUAUUGUUGUAAGUGAUUGUUGUUUCAAUGGCUGAGAAGUUUAUUGAUAAGAAAACCACUUUGGUCCUUUAUUUGUUGACUGGAGUGGCUGGAUCCAUAACAUUCAUAGUGUUUUAUGAUCAAAGUAUACAAGGGAAUUCAUUUUGUGUUUUUGGAAUGGUUGGCUUAAUGGUUGGGUUUAUAAUUUAGAAUGCACAAUAAGUAAAUUAAAAUACAAUAUCAAAGGAAGAGGCAAGACAAGUAAUCAUGCAAGUAACAAUUUUUAUAUUCAUUAUUGGACUAAUUGGGAUUUUUUAUAGAAACUCAGUAAUUUUUGGAAUUUACGGAAGUUUCUUAAUUGGAAUUAUAAUUGGAUUGAUUUAACCAACAUAAAACAGAAUCUUUUAAAGAACCAAAUUGAAAUUCGUUGGAUUAGGUGUUAUUUUCAUGUACUUUACUGGAUUUAUUUAUAUUUUUUUUUCUUUUAGAAUACCAUCACGUCCUAUUCAAUAACAAUGA